AUGCGUGGAGAUGGAAAGGCUUCCUCCAUGAAGGACAAUCAAGAAUACUUUGAUGCUGAAAAGGACGUUCCUCAAACAGGAGCGUCGACCGAGAGCUCCCAGCUUGAUGGGCCCUUCGCUGGCCCUCAAGGAGCCCAGUAUGCACCAAGGACUCACAAAUUCUGGUUGAUUAUGUGCUGCAACUUUCUUACUCUUUUUCUUGUCGCAUUGGACCGAACUAUCAUAUCCACAGCUAUCCCUCGCAUCACCGACGAAUUCAACAGCCUCGGUGAUAUUGGCUGGUACUCCUCAGCAUACAUGCUGACAGGCGCAUGCUCCCAGCCUGUCUUUGGCCGAAUAUACAAGUUCUACGACAUGAAGAGGAACUUCUUGACGGCUGUCAUCAUCUUCGAUAUUGGAUCCGCCGUCUGUGGAGCUGUUCCAACCUCAAACACAUUCAUUGCAGGUCGUGCCAUUGCAGGUUUUGCUUCUGCAGGCAUUUUCUCUGGGUGCAUGCUGAUCACUAUACCCUUGGUCCCGCUUCAUAAGAGGCCGAUGUUCCAAAGCAUGUUUGGUGCUGUGUUUGGAAUUCCUUCCGUUCUAGGUCCUCUAGUCGGCGGUGCUUUCACAAGCAACGUUACUUGGAGGUGGUGUUUCUACAUUAACCUCCCUAUUGGCGCAGUGAGCUGGGCCUCGAUGGCACUAGUUUGGUACCCCGAGAAAAUAGCUCGCAAUCCAAUCCCUAUUGGUCAACAUAUUCGACGUCUUGACCCGCUUGGGAUGCUUUUCUUUGCUUCUUCAAUGGUCUGCUUGCUAUUGGCUCUUCAAUGGGGUGGAACAACCUAUUCAUGGAAGGAUGGUCGCAUCAUCGCCUUGUUUGUGGUCUUCGGGGUGCUCUUCCUGGCCUUUGCAAUUGUUCAAGUCCUAACGCCCGGGACAGCAACGAUCCCAGCAAGAGUUGUUACCCAGCGAAGUAUUUUUUGCGGAUCAUUCUACAUCUUCUUCAUCGCGAGCUCUAUGAUGACAAUCAUUUACUAUAUCCCCAUCUGGUGUAAGACCCCCGCUCAAACGGAACAAGUUCCAAUGCUUAACAGUGAAACAGUUCAGACCGUGAAACUCGUUAACCCGGUCGACUCUGGAGUCUACACUCUGCCACUAGUCCUCAGUCUAACCGUCGGGAGCUUCUGUGGGGGUGGCAUCACGCAGAAGAUCGGAUACUAUGUUCCCAUGAUGUAUGCGUGUCCAGCAAUAAUGUCAAUCGGCGUGGGCCUGAUGUCCACGUUCAAUGUCGAUACAGGCUCCUCCCUUUGGAUUGGCUAUCAAUUCCUCAGUGGAUUUGAUCUUGGUCUUGGGAUGCAGAUAACCGGAAUCCUUGUGCAAAGGGUACUCCCAGGCCCUGAUAUUCCUAUUGGCAUCUCUCUCAUGUUCCUCCUUCAACAACUUGGCGGAAGUAUCUUCACAGUUGUCAGUCAAUCAAUCCUGAACAAUAUUCUGGUGUCCCGUUUAGUUGGCAUCCCCGGAUUAGACACGGGCCAGGUCAUUAACGAGGGCGCUACUCACUUGGAAUCCGUGGUACCGCACGCAUACAUUGGAAUGGUCAAGGAGGUCUAUAACUACGCUUUGACAAGAAUAUUCCUGAUGUCCAUGGGCCUCCCACUUGCCGCAUUGAUAAGUUCGCUUGGAACCGAAUGGAUGAGCCUCAAGAAGGGGAAGAAUGGCCAAGAUGGACCUGAAGCGUCCACCAGGACCGGAGUUGCCAGUGAGUACUCCGAGUCGGGCCAGGUGUCAACUUGA